CUUGGUGCACAUUCCGGCCACCAGCGGCGCUCACGAGCCAUUCAAUCCGCCGAUUAAUCUGCUGCGCUCGUCUCUCGUGUGGUGCUCCUGAGUGAAUUUCAUCACCCAGUGGAUUCGCACUUGUCAAGAUCCGCUGGUGGUGAGAGGAGUGCUUCACGGCCAUCGCAGGUGGUGUGUCUGUGCAGUCCUUCAGCGAGGAUGGCUCUGCGCGAGUUGGUCGAGGGUGAGUGCGGCGGCGCCAAUUCGCUGGUCCGCCUCACCUCGCACUUCGUCCAGGACCGGGCCCACAAGGAGGAUGGACUCAGGCACCACUUCCCGCCUCACCCUGAGGCUCUUUUCGGCGAAUCAAGCGCCGAUCAGUUUGUGCAAGAGUUCUUGGAGGAGACUCUGGUGCAGCGAGGCAUCGAUGUGGUGCCCCAGACCUUCCACAUGGACUCUCUGCUCCAAGAAAUGAGGGAAAUCGAAAGUGCUCGUCACAGCUCCUUGCCGCCCAUUCCAGCACCUGGAGUUGCCCAAGCCUUGGCCGAUGGCGAAACCACCGGUUGGGCUGAUCAGUUUGCUGAAACUCGUGGCGAACGUUUUAAUGACAUGAAAAUCGAGGAAAUUUGGAACGAAGCUGGAUCGUCAAUCAAACCGCUUCAGUCAGAGAAAAAUGAGCUCGGCUUUGGCCCCAGUUGGACUUUGGAGUAUUUGCAGUCAGAUGAUGCUGAAUUGUCCACUGAACUGGAAAACGCAUGGCAAGAGGGGUCUGUCGAUACUCUUGAAAUUCGCGCUCAGGCCAACGAACUUGUUACCGUCGUCGACAACCAACAGCUUUCCAAUUCAAAGUUUAUGCAAUUCAUGCGUGACAUCGGAGAAGGGGAAAUUGAUAUUGUGGAUGGAAAACUGGUCACUGACGUCAAAGGUGACGAAGUUGAGGCUGCUCAUUCUUGGGUGAAAGAAUUUGCCGAGGGACAGCGUCAGGCAGAUUUGGCUCAGGGCAUUGUCAAGGAAGACGAGCUUUGGGCCAAUUUGCAGAAGGAGUGGGAAAAAUCAGCCCAGGAAAAUGGAGACCUCAAUAGUUGGUUUGACGAGUUCAGUUCCUACUACGACCCUUUCAAACAAUACAGUUUUGAGAAAGAAAACCCCAUGCUUGACAGUGAAAACCCUCUAGAGGAGGGAAAGCGGAAACUAGCAGAAGGCGAUUUGCCGAGCGCAGUUCUGCUCUUCGAAGCUGCCGUUCAGAAGGAUGAAAAUUCUGCUGAGGCGUGGCAACUUCUAGGAACAACUCAAGCUGAAAACGAGCAGGACCCUCUUGCCAUUCCUGCUUUGAAAAAGUGCCUUCAAUUAGAUCCACAAAAUCUGACUGCCCUGAUGGCUUUGGCUGUCUGCUACACCAAUGAGAGUUAUCAAAAUCAAGCCUGCCAGGCUCUAAGGGAUUGGCUCAAGGGAAAUCCCAAGUACAGUGACUUGGUUCCUCCCCAACCUGAGGAAGAGGCGCAAAAGUACGAGUACAUUACCUCGCUCAUGACGAAUGACUUCCAUAAAGAGGUUCACGACCUAUUUUUGGCAGCUGCAAACAGGAGUCCAAUUUCAGACAUUGACUCUGAUGUCCAGUGUGGCCUAGGAGUUCUUUUCAACCUGUCGAAUGAGUAUGACAAAGCUGUUGAUUGUUUCCGAGCCGCCCUUGAUGCUCGCCCAGACGAUUCACGCAUGUGGAACAGACUGGGGGCAACUUUGGCAAAUGGAAAUAGAUCAGAAGAGGCAGUCGAUGCUUACCAAAGGGCAUUAGAAUUGGCUCCUGGAUUCAUCAGGGCUCGUUAUAAUGUUGGAAUAACAUGUGUAAAUCUAAAUGCUCACAGAGAAGCCGCUGAGCACUUUAUUUCUGCGCUCAACAUCCAGGCUUCUGGCAAAGGUAUCCAAGGGAAGAGUUCUUGGCGAUCGAUGUCAGAGAGCAUUUGGUCCUCGCUAAGGCUAGUGGUUUCGUUACUCAACAGACAAGACCUGUUUCCAGUUGUGGAUAGCAGGGAUUUGGCAAAACUUAAUGAGGAGUUUAAAAUGGAAGAAGAACUGAAACAGAUUUAAGAGUGUCUAAUACUGCUACUACGGCUAUAACAAAGUGGUGUAAAUGAGUAUAGUCUUAGCACUUAACAACGUUAUUCCAUUAGGUCUAAGUCAAUUUUAUUAAUUUUGUUUGCAGUGCUUUGACGCACUGACAUUGGAUGAAGUAAUUUGCGUUGUUUAAAUUGUCUGAUUACAAAAUUCGUUUUGAAGUCAGUGCAUCAAAUCUAAGCAAACGCCAAAUUGAUUGCUAAGCAAUUGUUGAGAUAAUUCAUUAGUCACUCAGAUCCCAUGGUAUCUGCGCAUAGAUUUUUAUACGAGUUAGUCUUAUUAUUAACGGAACAUUAAUUAAUUUGCUAUGUAACUUUUUCAUUUUAAUUGUAAGCUGAUAUUAAUAUCAUCAUCAGUGUAAGAAAGAGUUAUUCACUCAGUUUGUUUUUGUGUGUACACAGGGUAAAUUUUUGUUCCAGUAUUUCAUUUUUUCUUUUUUUUGCUGAUUUCGGAAAGAGAAUUCGAGAUUUUUAACUUGUGCGUAAGACUGUUAGAAUUAAUUAGUCCUAUGUAAAACAUAAUUUUUGGGUUCAAUUAUCUUGGUGUGGUAAUUUAUUGCAGGGAGUUCUGUUUUAUUUUCAAAAAGUGGUGUGAAUUUUUUUGUUCGGAGAGUAUAUGAUUUUUUUACUUUUAAUCAGUACCAUAUUCACUGUUUGAUGUAAAACUGAAAUUUCAUAAAUCCCAAAAACAGUAGUUUUUUGCAGGAGUGAAUUGUUAUGUCUGUAAAUUGUUACUAUGUCAGCAAAUAAUUAUAUUAUUUUUUUUGUGACGACCACAUCUAUUUGGAAAAAAAAUUAAAAAUAAUUUGGCUUUAAGUGCUAUUCGGACAUACUGAAUUGAGACAGGCAACGAAUGAACAAUCAUAUUAUUGUAAAAGGUCGUCUAUUGCGGAAAAAGAAGACUAGUAUUUGGUCUGAACUUGAAAAAAGAUACGCAUAAAAAAUGUCAUAAAUGAGUAUUUUCUCAUCCAGCCUGUCGAUGUGUAAAUCACUUGGAAUACAUUCAAAAUUCUAAAUUCA